AUGCUGAGUUCCGGUGGCAGGGGGGGAAACGGCGCGGCGGGAACUUACUCGCGGCUCGGCAGCGUGCAGCGCUGGUCCUGUCCGGGAGAGCAGGGUGGGAACCUGGAGCAUGUGGGCCAGUGUGGAGCUAUUGCGUGGUCCAGACAGGUCCCAUGUGGGUGCAGCCUGGAGCAGGAGACCUGUGGCAUGCCACAAAUUAAAAUGAAUGUGUUGCCUCAAGCAAUCCUGCAAAGCCCAAGGGAGCAUCCCAGGUUCAUAGAGCAGACUGUUUGCCCCUCAUUAGACUUUGCAAGGAUUCAUUUGAUCAAAGACAAAAAUGGCAUAGAUGAUUAUUUGGCGAAGAAUAUCAAAGGGUUGUCAAAACAAGAAGCUGCUGCUAACAGGAAUUCAUACAAGAAGAACAUCUGCAUAGACAUGCUGCGACAGGGUUAUCACAAGUCCUUCUCCGAGCUCUGCACUCUGAUACAGAAGUGGAAUGCCUUGAGGGAGGCUGCGGGGCCUGGGUCAGCCAUAUGGCAGCAGAAGUCCCUGGAGGAGCAGCCUGAUAAGCUGGAUCAGCUUCGCCACUUCCUGACCAGGGCUGAGGCAGCCCGGCGAGCAGGGCACUAUGAGGAGGUGUACGAUAACCAGCUUAACUUGGCCUACUGUUUCAAUGACCCUGAGGACAAAUGGUUAAGUAAUUACUUUUAUGAGCAAUGCUUUAACACUGCUCAAUUAAUAAAAAUUGAUGGUGGGAGAAGAGAGGCACAAGCACAUGCAGAUAUGGGCCUCAUCAGCGAGGAACAAGGUCAUGUCAUGAAAGCUGCUGAGCAUUAUGAAGCAUUUUAUCAGCUAACAGAGGGUUCGACAUGGAAGGAUGAGACAGGCCGUACAUACAAUUCACUGGCAUGUGAGCAUCUCUGGAGAAUUUAUGCAUUACUAGCAGACAAAAUGUUAGAAAAUAAAGAACACCAACAGGCCAUCAAAACGCUAAUAAAAGCUUUAAAAAUGGCAAAAGAAGGAGGUGAUAUGAAGAUGGAAGCAGAAGCUGCAUAUUGCUUAAGUUUAGCAUAUAAUUUUGCUGGAGAACAACAGACAGCAUUAUCAAUUUUGAACACCUCUGUAAAAAUCUUCACAGCACUUUGUGAUUCUGCUGGCCUAGGCAGAGCAUAUGCAGCUAUAGCUGAGAUCCUGGUAAGUCAGGGAAAAGCAGCUGAAACUACUAAGUGCUUGGGAGAGUUUAAGAAGGCUGCUGAGAACGCUCAUCUAAGCCAAAGCCUGGUGGAUGCAUGCAUAUUACUUGGCAAUAUUUACAAUGAAAGAGGGAACUAUAAUGAAGCUUUUGAAUAUUUCAGUCAGGCUUCUGAGGCAGCAAAAACUUUAAAUAAUUUGCUCUUAGUGGAUGAAACAAAGACUUAUUGUGGUAUUGCAAAGGCUCAUAAAAUGAUGGUGCCAUUUAACAGCCAUAUAGAAGCAGAAGAUCCUGUCAGCCUCAAGUACCUGCUGGCAUGGAAGGAGAACAGAAGUGACAUGUGCACUGACCCUCUUACAGUCGAAGAAGUAGUUAAUAGUCUGCUAAUUGAAGAUGUUAGCGGUUUAACAGGAGCCAGGAUACCAGAGGCAACACCGAAAGCAACUGAAAAUUGUGGAACAAGGGCAUUCAUCGGCAUGCAGAAGUGA